AUGGCAGAGGUAGGAGUGGAGACGAAGCAAGCAGAAUUAAUUUUAAUGGCGGAGGAGACUUGCUCAGCCAAAACGGCGGGGAAGCAAGGAGAAGGGCUAAAGCAAUAUUAUCUCCAACACAUUCACGAGCUCAAUCUCCUUGUCCGCCAAAAGACCAACAAUCUCAAUCGCCUCGAAGCUCAGCGCAAUGACCUCAAUUCCAGGGUGAGGAUGCUUAGAGAAGAGUUACAGCUACUUCAAGAGCCCGGGUCGUAUGUUGGUGAGGUUGUUAAAGUAAUGGGGAAGAACAAGGUGUUAGUUAAGGUUCAUCCUGAAGGGAAAUAUGUUGUUGAUAUUGAUAAAACUAUUGAUAUCACGAAGAUCACUCCUUCAACAAGGGUUGCACUUCGCAAUGACAGCUAUGUUCUCCACCUGAUCUUGCCAAGCAAAGUUGAUCCUUUGGUCAACCUCAUGAAGGUUGAAAAGGUUCCAGAUUCAACUUAUGACAUGAUUGGUGGUCUUGACCAACAAAUUAAAGAGAUAAAGGAGGUUAUCGAACUUCCAAUCAAACACCCUGAAUUGUUUGAGAGUCUUGGAAUCGCUCAACCAAAGGGUGUUCUCCUUUAUGGGCCACCUGGUACAGGAAAAACUCUAUUGGCUAGAGCAGUGGCUCAUCAUACUGACUGUACUUUCAUCAGGGUUUCUGGCUCUGAAUUAGUUCAGAAGUACAUUGGGGAAGGAUCUAGAAUGGUCAGAGAGCUUUUUGUAAUGGCAAGGGAGCAUGCUCCAUCAAUUAUUUUUAUGGAUGAGAUUGACAGCAUUGGAUCUGCACGAAUGGAAUCCGGGAGUGGCAAUGGUGACAGCGAGGUGCAGCGGACUAUGCUAGAGCUUCUUAAUCAGCUGGAUGGAUUUGAAGCAUCAAACAAGAUCAAGGUUUUGAUGGCGACAAAUCGGAUUGAUAUUCUGGAUCAAGCUCUUCUUAGGCCUGGACGAAUUGACAGGAAGAUUGAAUUUCCAAAUCCCAGUGAAGAUUCACGUCAUGAUAUCUUGAAAAUCCAUUCAAGAAGAAUGAAUUUAAUGCGUGGGAUUGAUUUGAAGAAGAUCGCAGAGAAGAUGAAUGGUGCUUCUGGUGCAGAGCUGAAGGCUGUAUGCACAGAAGCUGGAAUGUUUGCUUUGAGAGAGAGAAGGGUCCAUGUUACACAAGAAGAUUUUGAAAUGGCAGUAGCCAAGGUCAUGAAGAAGGAGACUGACAAGAACAUGUCAUUGCGGAAGCUCUGGAAAUAA